AUGGCCUCCAACAACCGCCAAAACGUCACAUGGGUAGAGGGUGUCAGAGGAGUCGCUUCGUUCUGGGUCGUCGUCACACAUCUUUGCCGGGCGUGGGACUACAGCCUAUGGUCGCCGCGCGAUAACGAGAAUGCCGCGCCCCAACUUCUUCAGUUGCCAUUUCUACGACUACCAUGGCAAGGCCGUAUCGGAGUAACAAUGUUUGCUUUUCUCACGGGAUACGUCUGCGCCAUCAAACCACUCCGCCAGGCAAAAUCCGGGAAUGUACCAGCCGCGCUGGAGACCCUGGGCAAGUCAGCCUUUCGCCGCCCACCACGACUUAUCAUGCCUGCGACCAUUGCUCUGGUCAUUGCGUGGGCUUUUGCCCAGAUCGGCGCGUUCGAAGUCGCUCACCGAAGCGAUUCUCACUGGCUUCGGCGUUCCGUGCCCAUCAAUAUCGGCGGUCUCGACACUGAGUUUCCACGGCUGAUCAAGAACUUCCAGAGGGCUUGGUCAGGCGCCAAUAACGAAUAUGAUGACCACCAAUGGGCCCUUCUUCCCUUGUUGCAGGGUGCCUUCCUCAUCUACGUGCUUCUGUUCGCGACAGUCUUCAUGAAGUUCCGCAUGCGUCUGUUCACAUGCCUCGUCCUCUUUUGCUGGUAUUGGAUGCGAACUAGUCCUGAGAAGGAGACAUUCGAGUGCCAAUUCCUCUGGGGCGUCAUCCUCUGCGACGUUGGAUCCGAGAAAAGCUUCCGGGACUUUGUCAAUAGCCGUGUUAGGGCUCGGCGGGUAGCGACAGUGCUUCUCAUCGUCAUUGGCUGGUAUGUGGCUUGCUACCCAGGAGAGCACUGGGAAUGGGCAACCUGGUCCAUCCAGCUCAAGAACCUCGGGGACUGGUUCAUCCCCCAGGGUGCGGCAAGCUACCCCAAGCGAUUCACAGCCCUAGGGUGGGACCUCAUGGUUACCGGUAUCUGGCUUUCGCCCAGUCUGCAAAACAUGUUCUCAAACAAGAUAUUCAUGUGGGUUGGUCGCAACAGCUUUGCCGUCUACCUCACCCACGGAACAGUCCUUAAGGUCGGCCUCGCGCGCUUGAUCUACGGCUGGAGCACCAAACCUUAUCACGUCGAACAGCCAGAGAACGGAGAGGGUGAUGCAAUCGAGCAUUACAUCCCAAGAUCCUCGCACUGGUUCGUCUGGGCCCUCGCUAUCCCCACGUUCUUCGCCGUCGAAUACCUGAUCGCACAUCUCUGGACAACAUAUGUCGACUCGCAAUGCGCGAAAGCUACAAAGUGGCUCGAAGACACAAUGUUUGAGAAAACCGAAGAUGAGAAGCUUGGGGUUGCGGCCAUGGCAUAA